GGGAUCUACAAGUAUCUCGAGAGGUGUUUUUCAGACUUUAAGCAGAGAGGCUUUGUUGUUGGAUAUGACACACGAGGUCAGGUGACCAGCAACUGCAGCAGUAAGAAACUUGCAAAACUCACUGCAGCAGUCCUACUGGCCAAAGAUGUACCUGUGUACUUCUUUUCCACCUAUGCCCCCACGCCGUUCGUGCCCUACGCCGUUCAGCAGCUCAAGGCUGUGGCUGGUGUGAUGAUCACAGCAUCCCACAACCGGAAGGAGGACAACGGAUACAAGGUUUAUUGGGAAAAUGGAGCACAGAUCACCUCGCCUCACGAUAAAGAAAUAAUAAAAUGUAUAGAAGAGUGCGUUGAACCAUGGAAUGGCUCUUGGAAUGAGAAUCUAGUAGAUACCAGUCCCCUGAGACAGGAUCCUCUGAAGAAAAUUUGUGACUGUUACAUGGAGGAUCUGAAAAAGAUCUGUUACCAUAGGGAGCUAAACAUGCAAACAAAUUUGAAGUUUGUUCAUACCUCAUUUCAUGGAGUUGGACACGACUACGUGCAGUUGGCUUUCAAAGCCUUUGGCUUUCAGCCCCCCAUUCCAGUACCUGAACAAAAAGAUCCAGAUCCAGACUUCUCUACUGUCAAAUGCCCAAAUCCUGAAGAAGGAGAAUCUGUGCUGGAGUUGUCACUGAGGCUUGCAGAGAAAGAAAAUGCCAGAGUCGUAGUGGCCACUGAUCCGGAUGCAGAUAGAUUAGCAGUGGCAGAACAGCAGGAGCAUGGCUGCUGGAAGGUCUUCACUGGCAACGAGCUGGCAGCUUUGUUUGGGUGGUGGAUGUUUUCGUGCUGGAAGGAAAACUGUUCUGAAGAUGCUGAUGUGAAGAAUGUUUACAUGUUAGCGACCACGGUCUCCUCGAAAAUUUUGAGGGCUAUUGCACUGAAGGAGGGAUUUCACUUUGAAGAAACACUCCCUGGUUUUAAAUGGAUUGGAAGUAGAGUAAAAGACCUCCUAGAUAAUGGAAAAGAAGUUCUCUUUGCAUUUGAGGAAUCUAUUG